UUAGCUCUCGGGGAUAACGGACGUCGUCGUCUCAGUGGCGCUUUUUUUUCGCACCGCGAACAAAAUUCCGAGUCGCGCGAAUCUCCGACGAGCAGAGAGCCCUCCAUUCGUCCGAUCCCGUCUGAUUCGCGGAUCGAAACGCCGCGUUCCCGUGCGCGAAACAAGUUCGUUUCUCGGGAUCAUGUGAUCGUCGUUGUUUGCGUUUGUUUCGCGGCCAGUUUUUUCGUCGUGUCUCCCGAACGCGCGCGCGCGCGCGCGCGAAUAUUGCGCUGGCACGAUACGACACAAUCGCUUACAACUCUGAAUAUAUCUCCGACAGAGCGAGGUGUGUUGUUUAACUUCUUGGAUAUACGCGGUCGAGCAGCGUGCGAGCAUGGAACGGCAACGCGGCACUGCCCAAUGAUGGCCAUGCCGAGCAGCAUUUUGCGUUGACGUAGUGAUGUAUUAUUAGUGAUGCGCGUCGCGGGGAAAGUGUGCAAGUGUGCCUCGCGAUCGCACUCGUAGCGAGGCUCGUUCGAGUUCCGACUUCUGACUCGCGUCUCGCUUCCGAGAUUAUUGUGUGCUCCCUCUCUCUUUCUCUCUCUCUCUCACGUCCGGAGGAAGAUCGGUGCGAGAUCGCGCGGUGAAACGGAAAGUACGCGCGCACAGCAAAUUUGUAUAUUCCGCGUCGCGCCCUCCUCAACGGAGAGAGAGUUCGCGCAGUGAGAAUUUUCUAUCAGUGUGCGCGACAGUUUUUUCCCGCAUCAGUGUGUGGAUUUAAUCACAUUGGAUACUUGUCUCUCUCUGGAUUAUAUACUCUGCGAACCGCCCGCCCUCCGCUCCCUCACCCCAGCAAAAAAGAGUUCCUUGUCUGCGAGCAGCACAUCCUCAAAAUCGACAGUCCGGAUGCAGAAACAAAGCCGGAGUAGCUCGGGGGUGGAGGUUGCGCUUAUGCGCCCUGUAAGCACAGCUGGCUAAUAGCCUCGGAGCCCGUCCCCGACACCCUGCAGCCACACACCAGAUCAGUAGUCGGCGUGACAUGGAUGUGAGCUUCACGAACGUGUUAGAGGGGGCUCGCCAGUACUUCCAGGGACUGCCCGUGCCGAAUACAGGUAGUGGCGAUCACAGUCUCCACGCGACAUCAUCCACGAGUUCCGCCUCGUCCACGUCCUCGGCAACAACGCACGAUCAUGGAGCUACGUCGCAGCCGAAUCAGUCAUCGACGCAACCGUUCACGACUCCUACCAGUAACAACAAUAGCGACAGCGGCGGCGUCAUCGCUCAGGAGUCGAAUUGUUACCCCGCUGACGUCAAGCCGUCGUCGUCGGUGGAAAGCACGGCUUCCAGUUCUAGCUUCUGGAAUCCGCACGUGGAACCGUAUCCGCCGCAGCCGAUCAGGGUCGAAGUUCCAGACACAAGGCCAGGCGACGAAGGCUCCACCAUGGAACCCAGCUCUUCCUCAGGCACCGUCACUUUAACCGAGAUGCAACCCUCUAAUCACCAGUCAUCCUCCAUCGCCUCCUCGUCGUCGAACAGUUCGCAAAGACCGCCGCCAACGUCGACAACGUCGUCAACGUCGUCAUCGUUGUCGUCAGCUACUUCGUCCUCGAACGAUCACAAUCAUCUUCAUCACCAAUCGUACCAGUCGAGCGCAACGUCACACAUGCACCAGAUCCAACCGCCUCAGCAAUCACAUUCCCCCGGACCGGUGUAUCAGCAACUCAAUAACGUCAGCAGAACGUCCUUCAGCGCGGCGGAGAUGCUCGCGUCGUCCUCGUCGCAUUCCACGUCGACUUAUCAAACGGCCAACAGCAACGAUCGAUCGCAAUCAAUCAUCCCGCAGAGGACCCAGUAUUAUCCGCGAUACCAUCAUCCGGACAUCACCAAGUGCGCGCCGACGCCUUACUCGCAGAGUUCGAUUUACCAGUCUGCCAAUGUGGCGCAGCCGUCGAGCUCGGUGCAGCAAUCGAGCACGAGACCGACGCCGAUGGAGCAAAGCAACGCGACUCAAGGACACUGUCCGCCGGAACAGCAACAAGUGACCGGUACUUAUGGCAACGUGCCGCCUGCUCAAAAUUUACCGAGCGGAUCCACGAUGUACGGAUCCUCCGCUUUGUCAAACUCCUCCUCUUCCUCUUCCCAGAGUUAUCGGUCCUCCGCGGGUUCUCAGCAGCAAACCCAUCGUCUGGCGGUUGCAUCGAGCGGCAACGACAAGUCGCACAAUUCGGACGGACCGCAUUCUUCCACCACUCCGUCAUCUUGCUCCUCUUCUUCAUCAUCGGUUAUCAGCUCACGUCAAUCCGCCGCGUCAGGCAAUUCCUCCUCCAGUCACAUUCCUUCGCAGUCUCAAAAUCUUCCGGGGCACAUUCCUUCGUCGCAUCUGCCGUCCGCCGUCGCAUCUUCAAUGCAUCAGCAGCAGCAGCAGCAGCAGCAACAACAGCAACAUCUCAGUCACAUAAACGCGUCGCCGCACGGUUCCUCGUAUGGAAGUCGCGUCUUGCCGCCGCCGUCGCACGGUGUUCCGUCAUCCUCACCCUCGGUCCCGACGAAUCACUCGCAGCAGCAGAUGUUGCUGCCACCUCCGAGCGGAUACCACGUGGGAACGACGCCACCGCCGCAUCACACUACUCCGUCGCCGCAUCACGCGACCCCGUCGCCGCAGCGACACUCGCCGCACGUGUCGAAUCUUCACACGCCGCACGCGUCACCAUCCCCGCAUCAUACGCCCUCGCCGCACAACAGCUUCCAGCCACACUCGCCAACCUAUCCGCCUCCGCCGCCGCCGUCAGCAUCGUCGAGAACGACGCCGCACUCGUACAACCUGCCACCGUCGGCUACCUCGCAGCACUAUCAGACCUCGGCGACGGGUUACACGGGACAGGGCAAUCCUUACGCACCGCGGCCGCCGUCGCAGUCUUCGUACCAUUCCUUCCAAAAGAGCCCGCAACCGAUGUCCCAGGCGAGCAGUUACUACCCUCAGCCUAACCGAUCUCACAGCCAGUCGUACGGUAUGCAGCAAAUGCUGGCGCCACCGCAGUCGGCGUUUCCCGGCACGCCCGGCAACAAUAGCUUAGCCAACUAUCAGCAAAGCGGCAGUGGCGGCAAAUACUCGACGUACAACGGCGCGGACGCCGUGAAGAGGAGCGCAAUGGACGUCGCGCCGUCAGCGACAACACCUUACAACACGAGCCGAUCGUCGUUGCAGAGGAACGGCAACACGCACAACCUGCCACCCAUUGCCGCUCUGUCGUCCUAUCAUUCCAACAGGCGGGAGCCUCUGGGGAAGGCGGCGCAGUCGAUGGCGCAACGGCAGCGUAUGCACUCGAACGCGAUCAGCAAGCCCUCGUCAAUGACGAUGCCGCCGCAGAGGUUGGCCGAGUAUCCGGUGACCCCGACCUCGGCCGUGAAUCACGCACUGCCGGUGAACGGCAGGACCACCACCGCGGCGAACAUCACGUACUCCCGAUACGGCGGACAGUCGGGAUACCCGACCUCGUCGUAUGCCACCACAAUAGCGCCCAGUCACCACAGCAGUAAUUCCAGCAAUACCACGGUGACCUCUAUCAGCCACAGCGGCACCGGAGUGAGGUCUUGCGUUUCUACGGUUCACGCGUACCAGUCUUCCGACGAGUCGGAUCGGUCAGCGUCGGGAUCGUCGUCCUAUCAUCACCACCACCAUCAAUCGACCCGAAUGACAACCGAAGGUUACGCCUACAAGGAAUAUUCUUCUUAUCAGAACUCCACGUCGUCUAGCGGCGGCCAAACCACCCCGGCUGCCGCCGUGGCCACGUCCGCGUCGCCCAGCAGUGCGGUUCGGAAAAGGGAGUCUCCUCUGGAUCUCUCGGUGAAAACUGUGAAGACUUCGGCCGAUUCUACGGCGCAGGACGACAUCGAGGCCUCCAGCACCGACAAACACGUCAGCAGUUCGAAUCUGGGCAUUUCGAGGAGCAACGCGAACAGGCCGAUGCAACCACCGCCACCCGCCAUGCAUCAAGCGCCGACACAGCCGUCGUAUCCGUCGUCGUACGAUCCGAGGCCUUCGAACAGCUCGAAGAACUCAAUAUCCGGAGUGCGGACGUCGACGCCUCAGACGGUAUGCGCGCCCAAAGUGGACUUUUUGCCGGACUUCAACUCGACACCGCUACGUCAUCAGUCCCAGCAUCACGAGAACCCUCUUCGCAAGAGCAACGCGCAACAGCUGCACGCCCCGCCCGCCCAGCCUCUUUCCCAUCACGCGAACAAUACGACACCACUGCCCCACAUGUCCACGUUCAAGAAACGUCCACUGCCCACGUCGCCGUACGACGGUCUGACGAUAGCGCCGCCGCCGCCACCGCCUUCGUCGUUGUCCGCGUCUUCGUCGUAUCUUCAAACGAACGAUCCCGCGUAUCCGAAGUUCGGGUCCAAGUUGAUGGCGGAUCGAACGCCGCGAUUCGGCUCGUCCUCGUUGCCGACGCACAGCUCGCACAACCCGACCGACUUGAACAAGUAUUACUUAACCCAGGAUGGCAGAGCCAAGUACGACCAGGAGUUUCUUCAGCACGAGCGAGUGCCGCUCAAAAGGACCGGAGAGCCAAUCUACAGCUCCUCGGCGAGUCCCCCGAAGCAGUCCAGGUACGCGUCCUGGCGAGUGUCGAGUGUCGACAAACAGAUCGCCGAGCCGAAGUUGUCGACCGCGGUCGCGCUCAGCGAACAGCAUAAACGGCAAGAAAUGAAUCUGCCGCCCGGUCCUUUACCGAACGGCGCUUUAACGGCGCCCGGCACUUACGAUCCCGAAAGUUAUUCCACGCAGGAAUCGUCCCGAUACCAAGCUUACUGUGAUAAAAGGACCUAUCAGGAGUCCAAGGUUAUGCGAAGCUCGCCGUCGGCGUACGGCCAUCCGGUGAUUCCGAAAUCCACAAACGCACACUCGUUGCCGCAACAAUUGAGCAGCGUUCAGUCGACUUACGUGAAUUACCGUCAAACGAUUCAGAAGACGUGUCCUCCGAACGGGAUAUCCGGCGGCCAGCCGCUGGAUCAGCCCAAUAAUACCGGAGCCGACAAGAGAGUGCUCAGUUUAUUGAGGAACAGUCUGGAGAACAAACAGAGAGACGAGCAGCUCAACAGCCAGCAGCCUAUCUUGGUCAAUCACAGCCAACAGAGUUUUCAGAAUAAAGUCGUUGCGCCAGUUGAGCCUAAAACAAAUAUCGGCAGACACAAUCUGUCGCCGUUUACAGCGGCGAGUUUGCUGGAGCGCAACAGCAACACGCCGCCGCAUUACAAGCUCCACGUCCCGCGGGCGGUGGACUCGAUUACUCAGGAGGCGCCGCGCAGCAUGUACGCAUCCCGAGUGAACGCGUCGGCGACGUUGCCCGGCAAGGAGGCCUCACUCUCAGGACCUCGCGCUGUGGAGAAUCAGAUACAUCGCGACAAAGACGACGGCCUUGCCGCCAUUCUGGCCGCGAAGAUCAGAACAAAGGCGGAACUCAAACAAGUUGGCACCGGUCAGUUUACAACGAAACCACCCGUGCCUUCCCAGGACACGACGCCGAAAGAAAUUGACAGCACGGCCUCGACGUCGACGCCGCAGUCUGGUUCGUCCGCGGGCAGCCCGCCAAAACUGACGCGCGAGAAGACGGUCAACUUGCCGCCCCGUAGAAGAUUAUUCUCGAGAAACGACGACGACAACAUGCCAGUUGUAGCCGUCGCGGCCGUACCAGCUGCCGCCACGGUCGUAUCUGCGGUAUCGGCAAGAGUGAGCGGAUGCAGAAGUUCUUCCGAAACGUCGGUGUUCGACUUUCGGGAGAGCGACUCCGAGGGCGAAAUGCCGGUUCUCGAGCGGCAGACCUUGGAGGAGAUGAGGCGGGACAGGAAGCAACUGUCGAAAGUGCAACCUCCGAUUCCCCUAAACGAUGCCGUGUGCAUGAACAUGGCGUCUUCGACGGAUCUCGUAAGGAUAGAACUGAAGGAGAACGAUUUAUCCUGGAAAUCUACCUGUGAUAACUUUAUGGAGCAAUUGCGCGUGAACGACGCCGUGAAGAAACGAGCACGGAGAAAAAAGACAGGCGGCGGCACCUCGUCAUCGAAGCUCCAGGAUUCUAACGAGAGCGACAAGGAUUCGAACAAGAACGCGUCGCAGUCCGAGAUCAAGCCCGAGGAUAUCAAGAAAGAGAUUCCGGAGGCGAGUAAGGAAGAAGACAGAAACUCAACUUUCAAGGAUAUCAAGGAUAUCAAUGAUAUCAAGGAUAUCAAGGAUAUCAAAGUUAAGACGGAACCCGGGCUGAAGAACGACGAGGACAAACACUCGAGCGACGAUUCGGACGAAGUGCCGUUAAUCAAGAGGACGAAGCAGGAGGUAAAGAAGGAAGACAGCGAUUACGACGAGGACGAGAUUAUAUGCCGGAGCAGGAGGAUUCGUCGCGGGAGCAGGAUCAAGCUCGAGUCUUCCAGUGGCAGCGAGUCCUCGAGCGAGGACAGCGACGCCAGUACCGAGUUCGGCCAGGGUUCCACGGUGGCCGACAGACUUCGCGCUAGGAAACGAUCCACGGUCAACAUAUCUGAGGGUAUGAAGCUUCGUUCGAGGGACACCACUCCGCACAAGCUGAAAACAGAGAAAGACAAAGAGUCUAAAUUGUCACCUCCGAAAAGCAGUACCUCCCAGAAAACGAAACUGAAGUUCGGUGACGGUAGCGAUUUCCGACCCGGUUGGGAAGAAGAGGUUUACGUGUACAAAAAGUCUCUGAGGAUGCCGACCAGAUUGAUAACAGUGUCGAAGCCUUCGCGCUUUCAUCGACUGUCCACGUCGCUGCCGGACUUGGAUCCCGGUUCGCCGGCACUGUCCGUGUCCAUGGACAGUUCCGAUGUGUGUCUAGGUCGCAACAAGAGACAGAUAGUGGACAGCGAUGUGGAGUCGAUUUGCAGCUUCAGCAUCGCUGGGCUCAGUAAGAUCGACGACGAGGAAGCGACCUCGUCGACGACCGUUUCCUGCCCCCCGAAGGCUAUGAUGAAACAUUCCCGAUCGGAGAACAACUCUAUCGUUGACGUUCUCGCGCAGAAGGUCGGGAGCAAUCAGAAGGAUUCGAAGAAGAAACAGAAUUCGAAGGGCAGUAAGAUCGUGAACAAGACCAGUAACGAGCCGGAACUUUUGCCGACACCGAGCCCGGUUUUGUCGUCCGAGACGUCGAAAAGUAAUUCGAAAAACAAGUUGAAAAACAACAAAAAUUCGAGCAAAAACGAUUCCGUUUUGUAUAGUUACUUCCGAAAAGAGACACUCAACAACUUCCGCGACGCGUUCAAAAACAAUCACACGUCUAACGAGAUUUCCGCGAUGUUGUUGAAGAGCAGAACAAGAACGGAAUCGAAGAUCUUGAAAAAGGAGGCUACUAUCCGCGAAGUAUUCGGCGAGGACCGACCGGCAUCGGCUCCGCCGAUACAAAAUCACGACGACACGUCCCAGGACGACGAUUCCCAGAACGAGACACCGGAGACCACAUUGAGCAAGAGACGAACGCUGAAGAAGGUGGUGUCUCGUCUGAGAAACGCGAGCAUACUGCGUAGCCGCAAGGUGAUCAUGAACUCGAAGCGCCGUUUGCUGAGCUCCGAGAGGAGAAAGGAUUUGCUCAAGUCUCUCGCGAACAAGAAACUGCAUCGCAUCAGGAUGGAGCAGGAAGAAACGAACGACAGAGAGGAGGAAAUCAAUGAGGACGACGACAGAAACGACUUGGAGAUUCGUAACAAGAAGAAACUGAAACUUCGACCCGGCCGACGGAAAUUCCGUUCCGGAUUUGAUUACAUUCGUAAAAAGAAGAGGCCGUUGAGAAAGGACGAAGUGUUGCCGAAGGACAGAAAGAGACAAAGUCAAGCCAGCAAACCGAGUCCCGAGAGUGUAACUGAUAUUCAGUCUGAGAUCAGAACGUGGGUUAUCAAGAAAGGUGUUGGAGAAACUAUAUUACACCGCGCCGCCCGUCUCGGUUACAUGGACGUGACAGCCUACUGUCUGGAGAAGCUCAAGAACGCGCCGAGUCCGAAAGACAACGCGGGAUACACGCCGCUUCACGAGGCCUGCGCCAAGGGUCAUCUCGAAAUCGCCAAACUUCUAUUGGCUUACGGAGCGAACGCCAGCGAAAGCGCCAAUGGCGGUAUCAGACCACUUCACGAAGCAGCGGAAAACGGCGCUACGGAACUCGUACGAUUGCUGUUAUCCUACGGAGCCGAUCCUUUGUUAGCUACUUAUUCCGGACAAACGCCGUUGAUGCUAGCAGUCGACACCGACGCUAAUUCUAUCCUCGAACAACAUCUGGAUGAUAUUCAAGGUCGCACCACUGUGCCGUGGUCGUUCGCUGGUUCAACUUCUAUUUGUGAUCCAGAAGAGACGGGUUACGAUCCUCUCAAAGACGUUCCGCUAGACAGUCCCGAAUCCGAGUUGGACGACGUCGAAAUGGAAGUGAGCGAGACGAACUUACCCGUACUCUUCACCCUUAACAACGACCCCGACAAGUGGAUACUGCUGCAGGAGCUCAUGACGAUUCUGAAGAUAAAGAGCCGCGAGGCCCUUCUCCGUCAGAUCAACCCGAAAGUCCAUUCCGGACCGUCCGCGAUCGCGCAUCGCGACGUAAUGCGCGAGCUCAAACUGUCGGAUUUUCUCGAGCAGACGCGCUGCUGCCAUCUGAUGAACGGCGGCGAGAGAAUCAACGUGCGCGGUUCCAAGAUCACGCUCAUCAAGUACAACGACAAGGUCAAGUCGCUGCUGAGCGUGGAAAAGGUGCUGAUUAGCGUCAGGUGACAGGAAGCGUCUCUGGGGCGAUCAUCUCCUCAGACCUCAUCGAAACCAUCGACUUCGAUUCCGGCCAGGGAGCAUCCGAAGAAAGCCGAGGGCAGAAGCGCGAACGUCAAUGCUGCGAAACGCGAGCGGCAGCAAGGAAGAAAGCGACAAGAAAUACGUAACAAAAGUGGUUAACUUUAUAAUACUUGUGUAGCGAUAUUUAACGAUAGCUGUGAAAAACAAAAACAAACAAAUUGCAACUGAAACGAUCCGAUACAUUAUCUUAUCAAUCUGACGCGCAGCUAAGGAAGGACAACAGCUACCUGUGAAACACAUAGCAGUAUUCAAUCGGAGUGCGUAUACACGCGUACGUCGAUAUGCGUGUGUGUGUAUAUUAUUUGGAUAAAUAGAACGAGAUGAUAUUUUAUUAGUAAUGCUCUCGAGGACUGAUCGAGCAAUCAAAAGUUCUUAACUCUUUUGAUCGAGCAAUCGAGAGAAGUUAACGCUUUUUUAGAUCGAUAAAAAAAAAAGAAAGAAAUAUUUAAACAGCUACAAAAAAAUACGGGGAAAAUUUCUCUAGCGAGUUUCUCUUUCGGCGUUACGAACCGCGCGAGUCCUCGGUAAAUAGUAAUAAUAAACGAGAAAAACGUCGUUAAUAUUAAAUAAUGAUAAUUAAAUAAUGAUAAAUUAUUUUAGAAACACGCGCGGAAGAAACGUAGCUGUGUACUACUAGAUCUAUUUUUGUCUCGCACGUGUCUUUAAAAAGCAACAAAAAGAAAAAAAAGUAACGAAGUAUUUUUUCCCCCUCCAAGAGGUUUUUCGCUCCGUGACGUGUGAGUUUGACGGGGGACACGUGUCGCGCAUGUUAUUACACAACGGUGUUGAUUUUUCUCUUCGAACUGUUUACCAGAAUGUUAUUUAACGAGCGGUAUAAAAAACCGGUAUAAAAAAAAAUCGUAAUUAUCCUCGUAUCGAACGAUCAUAUGUUACCACAUCUUAUUUCUUGUUUUACGUUUGUUUUUUUUUGUUUGCGGAAACGAUUGUGCAGUACACAUCGUGUCAUCUGCGAAAUGUAUUUGUAGAUUGAUCUACAUCGGAGAGAAUCAGGUGCUUGAACGAUGGUACCGCGGUUGAGUUUCAAUACGCGAAGAUUAGAAUUUAGUAUUAUUAUUCGUCGAGAAGAGAACGAUAAGUGUGUCGACGCUAGUUGUUGCAUAUAUAAUAACAAAGGUGCAUUAUUCUGUGCCGUUUUGUUUUGUUUGCUAAUUUAGUAGUAGCGUACACCAUAUAUAUUUGUAAUUACACGUAAUAUAAUUAUGACGUAUAUACAGUUACGUGUGUGACAUAUACGUUAAUUAUAUUACAAGGCAAUUAUAUAUAUAUAUAUAUACACACGUACAAAAAAGUUCGACUUCCAAUCCGUGACGAGAUCCGUUACACGUAGAGUUUUUUUAGCUUCUAAUGACGUUAAUUUUUUGAAAGAGCAAAAGAAAUGGGAUUUACACGAAGUCGCUCAAUUCUCUUGCAACUAGGUCUUGUAAUUCUGGGAAGUGCAAUGUUUGCGAAAUGUUGUUUUGUGUUUGAAAACAAAUUUCGUCUAGGUGCAUUGAUUAUUGUUUGUAGCCGCGCGCACACAGAGAGCGGGUGUAAUGACCGUUACGUCUGCGUAGAAAAUUUAUUUGAGAUAAUUACACCCGCGCCGGACACUGUCGCGGAGACAAUGCAACUCACACACUGUGCAAUAACACAUCCGUCUUCUUUCUGUGUUUUAUCUUUGUUUUUGUUUGUGCGAUGUUAACGAUUACCAUUCGAUGUGUGCGUCGAAUCGGUGAUUGCAGGUAGUCGUUUGGACAAAAAAAAAAAUAAUUGUAAACUACUUGGAAUCAUGGAAUUGUUAAAGAAUUGCAAACGAAGAGAGACGAGUUUUCUCGAUCACCGAGUUGACGUCGCAUUCACACUCGAAGCAAUUUAGGAACGUGACUUUUAGGAAGAAAAAAAAGAAGGAGCUAUUUUACACAACGUCGCCACAGUUCGCGAUCGGUUGUAUUUGUCGUUCUGCGACGUUUUGUAUAUCGGAAACAGAUAACAGCAUCUCAGCACGCGUAACGACAAGAAGACGUGUAAAGAAAAAAAAAAAAGAAGAAACGAAGCGCGGAUGAACUCGGUUUGCAGCGUUGACGAUGCCACCAAUAGGCGUUUAUUUUGGUGCCGUGCAACAUAGAGAGUUUCAAUCGUUAUAAUCAGUCUCAGGGAAAAAUCCACGUGUAUUCUUGAAGAUACUUGACGGUGUACCGACUACAUAAGGGCCCGGCGUAUGCGUUCGCGCGCGCGUGUGUCCGACACGCAUACAUACUAGUGCAUAUAUGUGUAUAGUAGCUAGCAGAAAAAAAAAACGAACAAGUCGCUUGUUGUAAGGAUCAAUACUAGUACUAUCUAUAUACACACACAUACACACACUCACUCGUCGCAUCGAAUGAUAUUAAUUAAUUAAUUAAUGAUGUUAAUAUACAAAUGGGGAGCCGCGACACGCCGCCGAGGAAUCGCGGCUCCCUAUAAUUUUUAUUUAACUGACCAUCUCGAGAGAACAGAGACGCAGAUUAUUUAAAAAAACAAAAAA